AAAAAAAACGAGAUUUUUUUUAUUGCUACCUACUCGGUAAGACCGGUGUGUGGAGGCUUCGGAGAUAACGGACGCACGACGAAAGUUGCAAUCAUCAUGUUUAUAAACGCUGCCGAUGGCUUAGUCUGACCUCAGUCAAUCAUUUAAUUUGCGGUGCUCGAGUCUGCUUGACGCGUUUCAUGGGAGCAUGUUGAUUCACCUCGCGCUGCUAGUCCUGUUGGCUGGGAUCUCAUCACAACAAGAUGACCAUCCAGUUUGGGAGAUCCACAUGGACUGCAAGAUCCCUAAUGAGCAAACCGGUGGAACAUGCAGUACUCCGAAAGAUUGCCCCGCCUUCCAGGAGAUCAACCGAGGUCCGGAGCUUGCCAGCGUAGGUCGCAUAAGCUUCAUCCGUGCACUGGAGUGUCCAAUGUCCAACGAAACGUUGAUUUGCUGCCCACGGACCGGAAGUUACAGGAAUCCGAAGCUGUCUACGGAUCUUCCCCGACGGGAACGCAACGAAUCAUCGCUGGAUCUUGGAAAUCGUUUCGGUGAAGGUACCUCCGAGUGUGGGUUUCAGGCGUUCAAUCCAAAAAUUCAAGGAUCCAUCACCGAAAUUGAUGAAUUUCCGUGGGCCGCUUUGCUGUUCUAUCGGAACAAUUUUCAUGGAUGUGGCGGGGUACUAAUUAGCAGGACGUACGUGCUGACGGCUGCCCAUUGUCUCAGCGGGAAGAACUAUGAUCGAUUUGGGCCACUAGCCUUCGUUCGCUUGCGCGAACACAACACUCUGUCCGAUCCGGACUGCAUGGUGGUUUCUAGCGGAGGAAGCUUGGAGAUGGAUUGUACCGAGGAGAAGAUAGACGCUAGUCCCCGUUCGAUCAAGGUUCACCCGAACUAUCUGCCCAACAGCCAACAGCAGCAUCACGACAUCGGAUUGGUGGAGAUCGAUCGCUCCGUUCCGUACUCGGACUUCCUGAGACCAAUCUGUCUGCCGGAGCAGGGUAUGCGAACCGGAUUGGCCUCAGGGAGGGUACUCAGCGUUUGCGGAUGGGGUAGGACAGACUUUUUUAACGACGAAGUUGGUACCAGAAGUCCGGUUAAGAUGAAGGCUCGUCUACCGUUCGUUGAUCAGAAUCGUUGCGGCGAGGCAUACAAAUCUCAGCUGGUUUCGCUGGGUCCUGGACAGAUCUGUGCCGGUGGGAAGAAAGAUCGUGACUCAUGCGCCGGCGAUAGCGGUUCCCCGUUGAUGUUCUACGAUGCAUUGCAUGGCGUCUGGGUGCUGACUGGGAUCGUCAGUCGUGGUGCAUCGACCUGCGGCAUGGCUGAUCGGCCCGGAAUCUACACCAACGUGAAAGAGUAUCUGCCCUGGAUUAAGCAGAAUGCGGUUCUACAGUAAGGACGGUUUCGGAUCAGGUAACAUCGGGUUUAGUAUAAGUUCAGCAAAAUAUAGUUUAUUCCAACCAUUUUCA